GAAGCGCAGGGCGGUCGCACGAGCUGGCUGAGCAGCGCAGCCCAGGCCCUCCUGGGAAGAAGUCCGAGCAGGGGCAUCGCGCGGCAGGACGCCAGCUUUCCGGGACAGGAACAAAAGGCCUGGGAAGGAGGCGGGUCGGACUCCAGAAAGGGUGGAGGGCACGCCAAGGCUGAACCCGGGCAUCAGGCAAAACCCGGGCGUUUGCGCACCUCACCAGUCACGAAGGCUGAGGUGGGAUCCUCCCAAGUUCCCUUAGUAGCCAGUUCCGGCACUUCCGGCAGGAGCCGGAAAUAAUUUUUGUGCUCGGCGGAGGCUCUCUAGGCGUGCGACCCGGCGACUCGAUAGCCGGAAGUCAUCCUUGCUGAGGCUGGGCCACUAUCGCAGGUCUAGGCAGCAGUGGGUUCAAGUGGACAGCCGGGAUGGCAGAGCGUGCGGCGCUGGAGGAGCUGGUGAAACUUCAGGGAGAGCGCGUGCGAGGCCUCAAGCAGCAGAAGGCCAGCGCCGAGCUGAUCGAGGAGGAGGUGGGAAAACUCCUGAAACUGAAGGCACAGCUGGGUCCUGAUGAAAGCAAACAGAAGUUUGUGCUCAAAACCCCCAAGGAAACACUGAUGGGGAAGUAUGGGGAAGAUUCCAAGCUUAUCUAUGACCUGAAGGAUCAGGGCGGGGAGCUCCUGUCCCUUCGCUAUGACCUCACUGUUCCUUUUGCUCGGUAUUUGGCAAUGAAUAAACUGACCAACAUUAAACGCUACCACAUAGCAAAGGUAUAUCGGCGGGAUAACCCAGCCAUGACCCGCGGCCGAUACCGGGAAUUCUACCAGUGUGAUUUUGACAUUGCUGGGAACUUUGAUCCCAUGAUCCCUGAUGCAGAGUGCCUGAAGAUCAUGUGCGAGAUCCUGAGUUCACUUCAGAUAGGCGACUUCCUGGUCAAGGUAAAUGAUCGACGUAUUCUAGAUGGGAUGUUUGCCAUCUGUGGUGUUUCUGACAGCAAGUUCCGUACCAUCUGCUCCUCAGUAGACAAGCUGGACAAGGUGUCCUGGGAAGAGGUGAAGAAUGAGAUGGUGGGAGAGAAGGGCCUUGCACCCGAGGUGGCUGACCGCAUUGGGGACUAUGUCCAGCAGCAUGGUGGGGUAUCCCUGGUGGAACAGCUGCUCCAGGAUCCUAAACUAUCCCAAAACAAGCAGGCCUUGGAGGGCCUGGGAGACCUGAAACUGCUCUUUGAGUAUCUGACCCUAUUUGGCAUUGAUGACAAAAUCUCCUUUGACCUGAGCCUUGCUCGAGGGCUGGAUUACUAUACUGGGGUGAUCUAUGAGGCAGUGCUGCUACAGACCCCAGCCCAGGCAGGGGAAGAGCCCCUGGGUGUGGGCAGUGUGGCUGCUGGAGGGCGCUAUGAUGGGCUAGUGGGCAUGUUCGACCCCAAAGGGCGCAAGGUGCCAUGCGUGGGGCUCAGCAUUGGGGUGGAGCGGAUUUUCUCCAUCGUGGAACAGAGACUAGAGGCUUUGGAGGAGAAAGUACGGACCACGGAGACACAGGUACUUGUGGCAUCUGCACAGAAGAAGCUGCUAGAAGAAAGACUAAAGCUUGUCUCAGAACUGUGGGAUGCUGGGAUCAAGGCUGAGCUGCUGUACAAGAAGAACCCAAAGCUAUUGAACCAGUUGCAGUACUGUGAGGAGGCAGGCAUCCCACUGGUGGCUAUCAUCGGGGAGCAGGAACUCAAGGAUGGGGUCAUCAAGCUCCGUUCAGUGACUAGCAGAGAAGAGGUGAAUGUCCGAAGAGAAGACCUUGUGGAGGAAAUCAAAAGGAGAACAGGCCAGCCCCUCUGCAUCUGCUGAACUGAGCAAACAAUCAGAGGAAAGGAAGUGGGACUGGUACUAUUUGAGGUUAAGACAAACUGCAUAUGUACUUCAACUGCUUUGCACUUUUCCAUUUCAGCAGGAAGACCUGAAGACUGGUCAGAACAGAGACUUUAAUUUUUAUUAUGGUUAUUUUAUUGAUUAUUACUGGCAAAAAUGGCCAGAUACUACACCUUUUACAUACAAGGCCCUGGGGGCUUAGUCCAGUCUGUGCUCCUGGGCUACAAGGACCCAGCCUGAGAUGGUCUCAUCUACAGGGCCUCGCACCAGUUGGAGCAGAUGCCUCCCCACCAAUUGCCAAAGGUCCAAUAAAAUGCCUCAACCACAGA